CAAGUUGGUGUCUCGUGACAGUUUUAUCACUGUUGAGUAAAGCACAGAGCGACUACGACCGACUCGUUUAUCAGUAUGAUGCUCUCUCCAAAGGCCAGUUACCAGGCGGCUCCAGCGACCACGAUGAGUACCAUGGGCAGUAUGGCGGCUAUUAACCCAUCGGUGCAGUAUAGUUCUCAGAUGCCUGGCAGUAUGAACUCAAUUAAUUCCUACUCUAUGUCUCCGAUGAACAACAUGGGUAGCAUGAACAUGAACGGCAUGAACAGUAUGAACGGUAUGUCUCCAAUGAACAGUAUGAACAUGAACACCAUGGGUACGAUGAACCAGGUAAUGUCUACUUCACCUGCCAUGAACAUGGAGCUAGCCCGUGCAAGUUCACUAGCAAAUCAAAUGAAUGCGGUGAAUCGCGUACGGACGGACAACAAGACCUAUCGCCGAUCGUACACGCACGCUAAACCACCGUAUUCGUAUAUUUCGCUAAUAACCAUGGCCAUACAAAGCUCACCGAACAAAAUGGUAACGCUUAGUGAUAUAUAUCAGUUCAUCAUGGACCUGUUUCCAUUCUACAGACAGAAUCAGCAACGGUGGCAAAAUUCAAUACGACAUAGUCUGUCUUUUAACGAUUGUUUCUUGAAAGUGCCACGCACACCCGACCGCCCGGGAAAAGGUAGCUUCUGGACGCUGCACCCAGACUCAGGCAAUAUGUUCGAGAACGGAUGCUAUCUUCGUCGCCAGAAACGUUUCAAAUGUCCGAAGAGGGAAGCCCAAAGAGUAACGCAGAGAGACGGCAGGACGGACGAGCACGGCGAGGAGACGACAGGUAGCACAGGAUCACCGCACAUGACGGACACCACAACAGCUCAACAACAGCAAACGCAACAACAAAUGCCACAACCAAAAGUGGAACCUCAUACAAUGUCACCUCCACCACCUAACAGCAUCCAAAGCAUCACCUCAAUGUCGAACAACGUGCCGACGUCAUUAGCAAUGGCAAGACCAAUCCCACAACAGGCAGCGUACGUCUCAGGAAUGGGAGCACACAUGCUAGGGCCAGGUCAGCACCCUUCAUUUAACCAUCCUUUCUCCAUUACCAACAUAAUGUCGCCGGCCGAGCAUGGUAAAGCUUACGAAGCUAUGGGCUACCCUGGCUACAAUACCAUGAGUCCCAUUUCCAGCAUGCCAAAGAGUUCCAUGGAACAAACCGGUUACACCAAUCUUACAACCAGCGAACCAUCGUACAGUCAACUUGGUACACAACAAAAUCCGAUCCCAAACUCCAUAGCUCACUGAACGAACACUGAUAUUUGCAUGCAUAGAGUUACUAUGAUCCACCUCUGCUCAGAUGGUAGCUUCCAGAUUCCAGAGAAAAUUUAUCCCUUUAAAAGACUAUGUGUGAGACUGAACGAAACUGACAUCUCGUCCACGGUGUUAAGUUUCAAAUGUUUAUUUCAAAACAGAGAGAGAGAGGAGAGAAAAAAAACAUUGAAGCGUUAGUCGUUCCGGCGCUGUAGAUAUUUCAAUUUUUUUCUACAUUUUCUCCCGUCUCAGACAUGAAGACAAUUUAUUUGUUACACCCUUUUUACGGGAAAGUCGUCCUUCAGCCGAUGUUUUUGUCUUUAUUUAUUUAAUAUUGUUAUAUUUUGUUAGUCUUUUAAACUUUUGUCUAUAUAUAUUUUAGAUAUAGUAUGUUUAGCGAUUGUGAUUGGGAGGCGUCGAUUGUACGUGUAAACAGUUCGUUUUCGCUAACUCACGGUUCGUUCACACCACAACAAAACUCGCAUGGUUUCUAGUCGGCGGCGACUCGCUAAAUGCACAUUGCUGAUACUGAUCUGUGGAGAACCCCACUAUGUGCCAUUCCAGUCAAUCCAUUAUUGUAUUUAUUUUUUAAAAAAAAGUAAUUUUGGCUGUUUUUUUAUUUUUAUUCAGUCAGUUCCGGGGCAAUCAAUACGUUUAUUUUUACUGAUUUUCAAUUUUCUACCCUUUAAAAAAUUUGGGCCAACCUCUCGAUGUUAGUCAUUUGAGUCUGCGCUUCGUGGUGGUUUUACGUUUUUAUAGAAAAAAUAGAAAGGUGUAUAUUUCUCUUUUAUCUUUGAACUUUUCGCAAAAAAGGGGUCUGUAAAAAAAAUGUGCCAAAUGUAGCCCAAUUUCAGUUUUAAAGGCGACAUACUUUUUAAAACAGUGUUGAAAAAAAAUCGUCUUGUUCCUUUUAAACAUCUUUGAUAAAUUAAAGUUUCACAGGUAUCAACUUUUA